CCUUGCCAAAGUGCGGAUUUUUUUCAGUUACACAUAUGCUGCUCAAGAUCGUUCAGGCUAAGUGCGGUAAAUGUUGAAAAAAAAACCAAAGAUCGACCAUUAAAUUGUGUUGAAAUUAAUAAAAUUCACUUUUGAUUGAAAAACAAAAAUGUACGAAGAAAAGUCAUACUACAGUACUCAUUGGUUCGCUUGUUUUGUUUUUCGAACAAAAAACUUGAAGGGCAAUUUAAUUGCUUCCAAAGUUUUAUAUACAAUCAAUAUGAUUGUCUAAUGAAGUACGAAUAAAAAAUCUUAAACUUAUGAUUCGUUUGAAAAUGGGUCUGUUAUUAAACCCUUACUAAUCAGUCGAUCUAUAUAAUGUGUAAACACUGCGAGUAAUACUUCAGCACGUACCGUAGCGCCUGAUCUCGGGUGAGUGUGGAUUGAACGUGGCGGAUUACAACAACGUAGUGGCGCCAUUACACAAAUGACUUACCCAAAGACUUCUGAGUUCUGAUAGUACACAAUUUGAGAAUUAGGUCGAGGUCACGAAGGGGGGCUUAUCAAGAAUGGGUUCAAAUUCAGGCGGUUGUGAAACAAAAUCCAACCUUCAACAGUCACUGCCAAGCCGAUUCGGUUGAUUUUUAUUGCUGUUUACAUACUUUGUAGUUGAAGGCGUUAUCGGAAAACAAGUGACAACUUUUUUAUUUCAGAACAUUUUUCAUGUGACGAAUGAAAGCAGUAUCAACUCAAACGUAACCAUCAUCACGUGCAUAUAGCUUAUUACAACAAGUUGUUGCUAUUUUUGUGUGUAAUGUAACGUGUCUUUGUGUGUAACCUUUGAUUUAUUAAGGACUUAGAUAGACAAGCAUGAAAUGACUUGAAAGUUUACUAACGAAUCGUAUAUUUUCAUUAUGUUAUGAACAUUUUCUCAAAUCUUAGCAAGCAAAACUAUUAAAUAAGUGAAGAUUGAGCAAUUCAGCUACGGAGUGAUUGUGAGAUGUUGAAAGCCGCGACACGUGGUCGAGCGUUUUCGUGAUGAAAAAUUACAUACUCAAGCCAGGUGUCAUAUUCUGGCCGUUUUGCUUUCUAUGUCCACUUCAACUACAUUAACUAGAUUGAAUACCAUCUGUAAUUUGAAAGUAUUUCGUGUGUGACACCAUUUUUUUCAUUUUGUUUGUGUCACUGUAGUUUUCUUGUGUCUGGCAUGGAUACUCUUUUUAAAAAUUAACCUUUGGCAGAGCUCGAUGUUUUCAACAUCAAAAUCAUCACUUUUGAAUCAUUAACAACUCACGACACAUCUAUUCACUAAUACACUAUAACCUAAUACUCUUUAUGAGAAAAUGACAGACUUAAACUUUUAUCGCUUGAACCAAGGUUUACAAUAGAAUUAGCACUUUCCGCUGAUUACGCUCACCUAGCUCAAUAGGAUACGUAACUCCGAUACAAAUGCACAAAUAUAAUGGUGCAAUGUUAUUGAAUAAUUUCCAAUAUUCCAAUAUGAUUCUACUUGUAAUCGGACAAACAAGCCUGAUAGUAACGAUCUCGACUCUCGACUCAAUAUCAAAGCAGUAUUUUGAGUAAUUGUGAAUAACUGAACAGAAAAUUCGUGUCCAAAUCGGCCAACCAUUGAACAAACUAUGAACAGGAAAAGGAGCAAUUCCAGAAAUCAACAGGUGGCAAGAGAAGGAUCGAAUUGUUAGCAUUCGGACAAACCAUUUUUAAUCAUUAACAAAGAGAGAAACUCGACUCAAGAUUGAUUUAAAAAAAUGCAUUUUAUAGAGUUCUAACCGAUAUCCAUAAACUUUUUCUUGAACACUAUUUUUGUACAAUUCACUGCUACAACGAUUUGACCUCUCCAUUCAAGAAAAACAAACGGGUUACCAUACUAAAACUGUGUGCAAAAUUUCAUCUUUAUCGGAGCAUUUGAAGUCUGAAGACUUGCUACCCAUUUCUGGCAUUGCCUAGAACCAAAGAACAAAAUAACCGAAAAUCGUUUAUCCAUCUAAAACUUGUUUCAAAGCAAGUCAGAUCUUUUUGGCUAAAGUUGACCUUGCUUACUUACUUUACUUUAAUGGUGCAAAACCCGUCUUUGGAACAUGACCGAACAAAUUGUAGCUUUCCAAGGUACUCGAUCUUGAGUCGCCGUUCUCCAGUCGCUCUGUACUUCUACUGCACGUGCAUCCUCUUUGAUUACGCAUAGCCAGUGAAAGCGAGGUCUACCCCACAGUCGAAGACCGUUCCCAGGUUCUCUGCAGAGCAUCACGCAGGACAUUCUCUCUACCGGCAUUCUUGCUACAUGACCAGCCCAUUUUAGUCUGCUGUGUUUUAUAAGCCUAUCAAUGUCCGCAUCUUUGUACACUUGGUACAGCUCAUGAUUCAUGCGUCUGCGCCAUUCUCCAUUCCCCUCUUUGCCGCCGAAUAUUGAGCGCAGGAUUUUUCUCUCAAAGACGCCGAGUACUCGAACAUUUGUUUCUUUCAACGACCAUGCUUCAUGGCCGUAUAGGACAACUGAUAGUAUCAACGACUUGUAUAGAGCAAGUUUUGUGCGUGUUUGUAAGCUACGAGACUUCAGCUGGUUACGGAGCCCGUAGAAAGCCAUAUUAGCAGCUGCAACACGACUUUUCACCUCGCGGCUAAUAUCGUUGUCGCAUGUCACUAGGGUUCCAAGAGAUAUGAACUUGUCAACAACCUCGUAUAGUACCCCAUCAAUCUCCACCUCAGGUCCUACACCGUUUGGGCUGCCUCGUUCUCCACCAGCCACGAUGUAUUUAUUCUUGGUAGAGUUUAUCGUCAACCCUAUUCUCGCAGUUUCUUUCUUGAAGGGCACAAAAGCCUCUUCCACUGCUUUACGAUCCACACCUAUAAUAUCAAUGUCGUCCGCAAAACCAAUAGGCAUGUAAGACUUAUUGAUGAUGGUUCCGUUUCGCCGGAUCUUCGUAUCGCACCUGAACAACAAAUUUGAGAGCGCGUUGUCUGCUUCAAUCUAUCUAACACCACGAAAGCAUCGGAUGUCGUACCAGCUAUCUUGACGCUUGAUUUCGAUCCAUCCAGCGUCGCACGAAUCAAUCUAACUAGCUUUGUCGGAAAGCCAUGUUCCAACAUGAUUUGCCACAAUUCGUUACGUUUCACAGGAUCGUACGCUGCUUUGAAAUCUACAAACAGAUGAUGAGUCCGCAAGUUGUACUCCCGAAAUUUAUUGAAAAUUUGUCGCAAGGUGAAUAUCUGAUCCGUCGUUGAACGUGACCUUUACUGUUUAUGAAUUCGUGUCUUACUUUUUCUGCUCUUCAAAGUUUUAGCAACAUAAAUCUACGUACAAGUAGCCGGUCACUCCAAGAUCAAAAUGAGUCCUUCCGCAAUUCAGAGUAGGGUUGUUUUUCGCUUUCUAGGCCGAAUCCGAGUCCUGUUGGAAAACCCAAUGCCCGGAACCAAAAUGUCCACAGCAGACAAAUUACAGCUUAAGCAAUGUACCAUAAAAAUUAUGGCAUUUGUGGGCUUCUGGAUCUUUUUAAUUGGAUAAGGAUCGUUCCGUCGAAUCGUACAUUAUUAAGUCCACUUCAGUGACCCCACCCACUUCUCUUUCGCAGUGGUGGGCGUUUCCGACAUUCUUUUUGAUCUUUAUCAUAUAUGGUAGUCGGAUUCGAUCUCAAUUUGGAAUCUUUUGGUAGACUUCAUCGACCGACUGCUUUUACACAUGUGAUCGAGAGGAAGUUCAGCAAAUUAGAAACAAUAGCAAAGUCUAUGAAUACCAGCAUUGAUUUAGAAAUGCGUCGUUUGUCAAAUUGAUGAUUCAUGGGAUAAUAAUUGAAGUUUACCGAGUUAUUCCAAUAAAGAAAUCAGUAAAUUUUCACAGAAUUCUAAAAUAUAUUUUAUUGAAUGAAUUCUACUUUGCAAGUGAGUAUCUCAUCGAUGCAAAAAGGUGAUACCCGAUCACCAUAUAUUUGAACUAUUUUUUUUUUGAUACUUGUUAGAAAAUUUUGUAAUUUAACUACUAGCGAGAUCAGACUUAUAUAAGCGUUUGCUACUAAAACAGCUUUUUGAGAAAAAUAUCAAUACAAAUCAUUUCUCUUCGUUUCUAAUGAAAAUUCACACUUUUUUCUCGAUUCCUCCCAUCACGCACUGCACACCUCCGGAGUCAACUUCCUUGGCACAAUUUGUACCACAUUAUGGUCAUCCCAGUCGUGUCUUUGCUCUGCAGCUGCAUAUUCCUUGCCAAAUCAUCAGUUUCUGGCAAAUUUGUGCAUAAAAGCAAACUGAAGCUUCGCAGGAACAUCUCCUCGUGCCGUCGCCAUAUAGAAUUUUUGGCCAGGAAGCUGUCCGAGAUUCGUUUUUGACCUAGGUUUCAUCGUCGAUGGGUAUUUUUUGAACGGUACUGUGAGCAGCAGCGUAUUUUUGUGCGAUUUUAUUAUCUGAUAGUCCAGGGUUUGCUCUGACGGUUAAGAACCGUUCAGUUUCUGGUUCAGCUUGCGGUCAUAAGUUCCACUACGACGCUCACCUUGAGGCACUCAAUCCACGCUCUUUCGCUCCCUCAAACGUUUAAGCACAUCACGCACGGUUAUUUCGACGUGAAUAUUUCAUAAGGGCACAUAAACCAAUGAGAGAUUCUCUCUGUUUAAUUUCUCUUCUGUUAAUAAUACCUAAAUUUUCACGUUCACUUACCAAAUUUGCAUAUAGAAUGAAAGAAAAUAUCUCCAGCUUUGUAAUAGUAUCUUACAUGUCACGAACAAUUGCGUAAUAGCGCAGGUAUAAUCGAAAGAGAAAGUAAACAAAGAGAAUCUGUCAAUUGUUUUAAGGCCCUUUUGAAAUGUUCACGUCGAUUUUGGUGAUUUCAAACGUUUUAGCGAUUUUUAUCGCGGACCAUCUGGAAUAACUCACUGUACGAAACACCGUGAAAUUUAUACCACAGAAAGUGGGUACCUAGGUAAACAAACCGCUGUAAAAGAAUUCUUGCAGCGGUCACUUUCCGUACCGCUGCAACACAAUAAGUGAUUCCGGGUUCUAACUGGACAUAACUUUAUAAACUUGUUACGCAUUGUCAAGCAGCAGAAUUACUUUCCUAAAUCUUCGGACUAAUGACGAUCGUUUUUCGAUUAGCCCAUUAUUUAAUGCGAUGAUUUACUAUCUCAAUAUAUUCAAUCACUAUGACGCUGUUUUUCAACGGAAUGUGACUUGUGUAUUUUUAAAGUUAAGCCGAUCAGUACUUCCUAACAGAUCUGUAUCUCUCUUUGGCACUUGUUAUAAUUUUUUAUUAUUUUAAAUACUCAUGAGACUAGAUUUAUAUCAGAAGUCGUCAUGAAAAUGGCUUGUUGUUAUAAACUUGAUUGGAUGCGAACAGAAAAGAAUGACGUGUGUAAUACUUAUUGCUAGCGACAUCUAACAGUCAAAUCGAUAAACUGUUACUUAUACCCCAGGUAGUUUGAGUCGCACGGCAUCUAAUUGUAAUCGUUGAACUUUUCAUUAAUUGUGAGUAGUUACAACGAAACAUUUUAAAUUCAUAUGCUCCCGAACAUACGUAAACCAAUUCAAUAUGGAUGACUAGCAAACUUGAACGAAUUGUACCGACCGGAAUUGUACCGGUAGUCUCGAGUAUUUGACUGAAAUGAUGAGUUCUAAGAUGAGUUCUAAGUGACUUGACUAAACUUCAAGAAAUAAUUUCUUUUUCGGCAGACAUUGCAUUCGCCGAACCACUUCACUAAACGACUCAUCAAACAUUGAAUAACGCCACCGUUCAAAUUUGGCACCGAGAUGGCCGGACCACUUGAACCCAAUUAAACCGACCAUAAAAAAUAGCAUCGCAACAACCUGUUUCCGACAUUCGAACGAACGCACUUAUGUUUUCUUCUGGGGGCUCGGUAGCUUGCCGUUCGUAGUCAGGCUGCCUAACGGAACAUUUAAACCGCAAUGGUGUUUUGUUCGUUUAUUCACUUGCAUACAAAUGCCUGGAAGGCAUUACAGUUGUCACACUAUUUAGCCUCACUGCCGGGGUGGCCCUGAUUGCAGGAAACCAAUUGACAAUGAUUCCGUUUUGAUUAGUUUAAUUACUUUAUGUAGACACAUGGUGGUUUGUGUGUCAGCCGAUCACUGUCCUCUCCCAUCAGCAGAACCAGCGAAAUUGCUUUCGGAUUGUUUUGAUGCUUUCUUUGCUCACAAUUGCAAAGCAGUCUGAGAGCUCUCGAGAGAAGGAUUCAAUUUCCAGCUGUUGUCAGUUCCAGUACUGUUUUCAGCUUAGUUAGUGAAGACGUGACCACGCUGUAUCUUGAAACCAUCAUUUCCUCUCGCUUUGAAUAGGAGAGAUCGUGGGUGGCUGGUUUUUGCGCUUACCACUUCAUGUGCACAGCGGAGCGUAUCCUUCGAUGAGUACUGGAAAGCCGGAAUUUUUUUACCCUCUCCCAUCGGUUGCACAUUGAUUCGCUGACGACAAGAUUGUGCGUACAUAUCACAUGCUUUCCGCUAUAAGGACAGUCUUUAAUUUUCCAUCGUUGCUUUUUGAGAUUUUUUUGGCAGUAUCAAUCUUUCUGUUUCCAAUCAAGUGUCAAGCCGCCGGUUGCACACUGAUUUCAUACUUUUCGAUGCGUUGAUGUAAUGAGUUCCGAGACGUCGUUGUAACUGGAUUAGAUAGUUUGUUUCAGUUUUUUUUACUAGACUGCUUCCAUUGGAUUUUGUGAUAAAAGGAUACAAAUAUUGGAAGAAAAGGUGGAAAAUUUACGCGAAACCAGUCCUCGCCAAAAUUUGGCUCGCUCGUCCACAUAUGGCAACAGUUGGAAUGGUGCGUGUUUUUUCAUAUACUACAUAAUCGAGUAUUCCAGUUGAGUCGGCUUCUCGUUGAUUUUAGAACAUGCUGGUUGGCAAUUGCCGCACAGACCAUGGUUUGAAAUCUAACAACCAGGAGUAAGAAGAAUCAGACUGCCAAGAAGAUAGUGGAAAGUUUUCCGUUUUUUUGCCUUCUACUCGUCCCACCAUGGUCCCGCCAUGAAUAAAGCAAAGUGUGAAGACGCGUACUAGCUUUGUGAUUUGCCAGCUGAUAAGGAGUAUGAUGAAAGUGGUCUCAUUUCACAGGAUUAUCGGGAGCCAUACAAAGACUUGAUCUUGAUCGCAAUUUAAAAUGUGGAUUAAUAUUCCUGAGUGCUAUGAGGUAUUACAACUAAUGCUCUACGGUAGUAUUUACAAAUCUAUGUAGUGCUUCGGUUUCCUUUAUAUUGAUUAUAACGGUGCGAAUAUUAACAGACGAGGUCACAUUCGUCGAAAAUAGAAUGAAGCAUAAUAUUCAAAUUUAACUUCGUAUACGUAUGUACAAGUAUGCUGAAGAGAUCUGCCUACAAAUUAGUCAUAAUCGUACUCCGCACACCUCCAUAGUAGAACCGUCGUGUUUCAUUGGAGCUAUCGAAAGUUAUCAAUUCUGCGUAAAUUGAGUUAGCGCAUAGACGGCUGAGACCAAAAUAAAAAUCCUCUUUUAACAAGCCUAUCGUUAAAUGCGUGUCGUCCUAAAUUACUUCAAUCAAUGAAUUUAUGCCUUAUUUCACUGACGCUUCACACCCACACCCGCCGAGGUACGUGUUCCAGCUAGUGUAAUUUGUUUUCGCAAUCGCUUCGAUUGCCUUCCGCGGACGGCAGUCUUAAUUCUUGACAAUCGGACUGCUCGCUGCAUUUCUCUCCAUUAGGGUGGUCAUUGGGGCAAGGAUGAAUAAAGCAAUAUGCUUUAUUUUGUUGAAAUAUUUGUUCAAAUAAACAUGAUCAGUUUUGAUUGAAUGCUAGACAAUAGCUGUCUUUUCGUGGUAAGGAAAUUAUGGAUUAGUACUUUGGAAAAACCACCUUCCUGUUGUUCAUCCCUGAAUCUGUGCUGAAUAAUACCAGACAUGUUACUAGACUACCCUAGAUGUAACUCAACUUGUCGCUUUUGUGCCAAAUUUGCGAGUAAAAAUCACUCGUCAUGUUCGGUUAGACCUGAACCACGUCUCAUAGGCAGCAUAAGCUUCUUCUAUCGCGUAACAAGAGUUUAUGCUUUCCAAUCUGUGAUGGCGUGUGAUGUCUGGUGGUACCUCCUUGUGUACUAAGUGUUGACCGUUCGGUGGCUGGCCCACUUGACCUGUAUAAAAUAACCUAUCGAAAUUUGAACUGUCUCAGUUGUUCGUAUGUUCACAUCGAUAGCGCAUGAUCUUGAGCAGCAUCCCGCAGUCGGGUUCGAAUUUGAAAGUAAGUUCGUUCCAAGUGUAACUGAAGUGAUCCACAAAUGCAGCAAGGACCAAUUCUUAUAGUUACGAUCAUUUCACAGCCGUUGAACUAUACACGGAAGCGUACGCAGUGAGAAGUUGGAUCUGGAAUAGAAGUGGUACGCAAACGCGUUGCAUUCAGCUCAAAGAUGGUUAAGCUGCUGAUGCGCGCGGACACCCACGUGUCCUUCUCAGUACCCGCGGAAGAGCCGGUGGCAAAGUGCACAUUUUCGCAGGUGCUGGCGGCGCUGUCGGUAUCCCUUGGUUCCAUGGUCGUAGGAUUUUCGUCGGCGUACACCUCACCGGCACUGGUGUCUAUGAAGGAUCGCAAUAUCACCUCGUUCGAAGUCACGGAUCAGUCGGGUUCAUGGGUCGGUGGAAUUAUGCCUUUGGCCGGUCUUGUCGGUGGUAUCCUUGGUGGACCGUUGAUCGAGUACCUCGGUAGGAAGAACACCAUUCUAGCAACGGCCACUCCGUUCAUCAUUUCAUGGCUUCUGAUUGCUUGUGCUAACCACGUGGCAAUGGUUUUGGUUGGUCGUGCUUUAUCUGGGUUUUCCGUUGGUGUGGCAUCGCUAUCUUUGCCAGUUUACCUUGGUGAGACCGUACAACCGGAGGUCCGAGGUACCCUUGGAUUGCUACCGACCGCGUUCGGUAAUAUUGGAAUUCUGUUGUGCUUCGUUGCCGGAAAGUAUAUGGACUGGUCGGAACUGGCCUUCCUGGGAGCUUCACUACCGGUGCCAUUCUUGAUUCUGAUGUUCUUGAUUCCGGAAACACCACGUUGGUACGUUUCACGAGGUCGCGAUGAUCGUGCUCGGACAGCUUUACAGUGGCUUCGUGGCAAGAAAGCAGAUGUCGAUCCAGAGCUGAAGGGUAUCAUCAAGUCUCACCAGGAUGCGGAACGACAUGCUUCGAAAAGUGCUAUGUUGGAUCUGUUGAAAAAGUCCAAUCUCAAGCCGUUACUUAUUUCGCUCGGUUUGAUGUUCUUCCAGCAAUUGUCUGGUAUCAACGCAGUCAUCUUCUAUACGGUGCAGAUUUUCCAGGAUGCAGGAUCAACGAUUGAUGAGAACCUGUGCACAAUCAUUGUCGGUUUGGUAAACUUCAUCGCGACCUUCAUCGCAACCAUGUUGAUUGACCGACUGGGUAGAAAGAUUCUACUUUACAUCUCAGACGUAGCCAUGAUCAUUACGCUUAUGACGCUGGGCGGUUUCUUUUACGCCAAAAACAACGGACAGGAUGUUUCACAAGUCGGUUGGCUGCCGUUAGCUUCUUUUGUUAUUUUUGUACUCGGGUUCUCGCUCGGAUUUGGUCCGAUUCCGUGGUUGAUGAUGGGUGAAAUUUUACCCGGAAAAAUCCGCGGCUCAGCAGCAUCAGUUGCUACCGCUUUCAACUGGACGUGUACUUUUGUCGUCACGAAGACCUUCGCUGACGUCAUCGGCGCUAUCGGAACGCAUGGAGCUUUUUGGCUAUUCGGUUCGGUGUGCUGCGUGGGUUUGGUAUUUGUGAUAUUGUACGUGCCAGAGACUCAAGGAAAAUCUCUUGAGGAUAUUGAACGCAAGAUGAUGGGCCGUGUCAGGCGGAUGAGUUCGGUUGCAAACAUCAAGCCACUCUCGUUCAACAUGUAGACAUUUUACUACGCACCUUUACUUUGCUACACUUGGUUUAGGUUAAACUGCCCCAUUAAAUCCUUCUUCAGUGAGCUAUCCAGCCGAAACAGUAAGAGACCUCAGCUCGAAAGUUUAGAAUCUUUCUUUGAUUUGUAUUUGACCCUUGAAGCAGACAUGACCUAAAGCAUGUAGACGAUAUUCCACUGUUUCAUUAGUGAAUGUGAUUAGACAUUGUGGAAGGUAAAAUGUAGGAAACGGGAGCCUUGAAACAGUAAGAGAUGAAACGACGAAACGAGUAGCUAAGAGAUUUAAUGUGAUAUGUUAUAUAGAAAACAAAAGAUAGCGUCUCUCAUAGAGAGCCUGGAUGAAGAUUAUCAAAUAUAUAGUGCGCAAUAGUUGAGAACUAAUACAAUGUUAGAAUAGCUGCUGCCAAUACAAUUGUGCGUGAGAUCUUUCAUAUUUUUAAAGAAUAAUUUUGACAUUUUAUUUUUUUCCUAUUUAUAAAACUAGUGUUAAGUCCAAAAUUGCCAGCGAAAACUGAGAUUGAUAACUAACAGCUAGUAGUGAAAAGAUUGUAAAUAUAAAAUAUUUUUAAGUUUGCUCUGGGAUCGCCAGCGAGAAGAAUAAGUUCCUUUCGUAUAUACUAAAACAUAAACAAAAAAUAAAAAUAAUUAAAAUUUGAAAGUGGAAAGUUGAUGGACAGCAAGAAAGGCUUUUAAACAUAGUGAAAAUUUAGAACUUAGGUAAACCCCGCUUGGCAUGACAGAUUAGUUGUCUUAGAACAGUCCAUCGAAGAUACCAAAAAUUAGAUUGUACUGUAUUUACUUCUAUCCUCAAGAGAAGGCAUUAGAGGCAAAGGUAAAUUUUCCGUUGAACGCCUUACAACCCUUAAACGGCGUUAUUUGUCGAAUCUCUAGCAAAAUCAAACAUGGCAGCACACAUAUUUUGCCCUUUAACUAUUUUGUUAUUUAAGUAUAAUGAAUUGCAGUAGUUUGAUAGACACUCAAAUUUAUUAUUUCAUUAUGGAAUAAUUGUUCAAUGUACAAUAUUGUAUAGAAUAAAAUAUAAUUUAUACCAUCAAA